ACGAUGAAGAAAAAUUAUCUAGUGUUUGUUGGCAUCGGCUGCCUAAUUAGCGUGAUGCCUUUUAUUGUGCAUGCUAUGCCCCCUCUCCUGAGUGGUAAAAACAACAACAACAAAAACAACAACAACAACAGCCUGGACAAGUCUGGGUCACACUUACGCACCCAGUCGUGGGUUUCCAACGCCAUCCAACUGGAAAUGAUGUCAACCAAAUCCACGGGGGGGACAGCCAGAGAUCUGGUGGUGGCCUCCAAUAUCUCUGGAUAUGGUGGACAAACAAAUAAUACCGAGUCUGACGAUGGGAUCAUUCGACUAUUUCCUGUAGCUUUCCAGGAGGACCAUCAAUCAGGCACAAAGUUGCCUGCAGUUCGUGCAGCCUUCCAGGAGGACCAUAAAUCAGGCACGAGGUUACCUGAACCCCAAACCAUUAAGAAACCUGACCAAAGAGUUGGGCCCAAAAAUGACGAUCAUACCAGAAAUAGUACCAAUAAUAUUACGAGAACUAGUAUUAGUCAGAAAGAAACUGACGCUAAAAUAGCUCCUGAUGCUGUCAAAAAAAUGUUUAGGGUUGAGGAAACCACCGACAGUUGGCCAGUGAAUCCUUGGGGCGGCCUUAAUUUCAAGGACCUUCUAAAAGCCCCCCAACUAAAACAAAAAAGGUCCAGAACAGUAGCUGGCACAUGGGCACCAGGCACCGCCGGCUAUUACUCGACUAUUUAUUGGUGGUAUCCCGUUCUAACCGAUAACCCCAACUGGAAAUAUAUACCAGACCGUGUCGGGGUUACUCAGGUAUGCCGGGGCAAGUCCACCCUCUACAACGUCCCCAGAGUAUACGACUGGCUAAAGGUGCGAGUCCGCAAUAAGACGUUUAACGAGCGACCCAUCUUUAUGCCACUCAGAAAGGAGCUCUAUACGUUUGGCUUGUCCGAGAUGUGCCACACCAACGAUACCAGAGAGUGGUCCGACUACAUUAACUGCGCCAUUAUGCGGAACAUGCGGAUGGAGUACAUGAUACCAAAGUAUCCGUUGCACCAGAUCAGCUAUUUCUAUCGCGACUACCACGGAGCUACCAUGUUCCAACAGGGGCAUUUCUCUACACACGCACCAGGUUUUGGUGGCAAAUAAGUUUAUGCCAAUGGUUGGUCACCUCAUUGUUACA